UAGGAAACUCGCACAGAAUGCAUUGGGCAGGAAAAGCCCAUCCCUGCAGAGACGUGGACCCGCCCGCUGCCUCCGUUCACGUUUGUCACAAACCAUCUCAGCAAGUGUUAUUUCAGCAAUAUGGCAGCUUCCGGGCCUCUCCCAGGCAACCUCACUCCCGAGGGUCCUGGUCCCAACAGGGAGAUCAAGCUGCCCUGGCUGGAAUGACCUACUCUGACGGAUGGGAGAGAGGGAGUGGACACCCGUGUCUUGCCUCAGGACUCAGGUACUCUCCAGGAGUGAGAUACAGGCUCAAUUGUAAGUUAUAAAGUGAUGCCUCCCUGUGGGAAAAAGUGCUUCCAAUAUAGACUGUGGGACAAAGUCUGAAAGUCCACUGCCUCCCGUUUCCACCCCGUCUUGCCUGUGAGUCAGAGAGAAACAGUGCUAGCACGCACUGUGCACCUGUCCAGAGGCUGGCUGUUUGAGGGGCACAGGUGUGCACGCCUGGGGAUGGCUAAGUGGAAGGUACAGGUCAGGAUUAUGAUCGUGCAGACAGCCACCCACUGGCAUGACGUCUGUGGCAUCCUGGGGCGGCCAUGGGGCUCUCAGGCCCUCUGCCUGCCCCACAGGCCAUACUCCUGCCCUGGGCACAGCUGUCCUCAGUGCUGGCCUCUGACCCGACAUAGCCCCGUCCCAGAAGGUGCUCCCAUCACUGGCUGCCAGCCUGGACCCGACCCAGGCUCCUCCCACCUGAGGCCCUGCCAGGAACUGCCCAGCCCGGACACAGAGGAGGUUCCCGGGUGGACAUAGGGAAGAGCCUCCCAUUGUCCCAGUGGAGGAAGCUGCCCCACGGGCCGAGGAUGAGUCACGGGUUCGAGGAACCGCAUGGCAAGGCUGUGGGCAGGGCUUUUGUCUGCCCUCCUCCUACAUAAGGCCCUCCGAGCCCACACUGCCUCAGCAUCCCUCUCGCUCAAGAGCUCAGAGCCACCCAGAGCUGCAGCCAUGCCAUGCCUCCUGCUCACCCUGGGCAUGGCCCUGGUCUGUAGUGUCCAGGCCACGGACAUGCCCCAGACCAAGCAGAACCUGGAGCUCCCAAAGUUGGCAGGGACCUGGCACUCCAUGGCCAUGGCCACCAACAACGUCUCCCUCAUGGUGAUGGUGAAGUCUGCUCUGAGGGUCCACGUCACCUCGCUGUGGCCCACCCCCGAGGACCACCUGGAGAUCGUUCUGCACAGAUGGGAGAACAACAGCUGUGUUGAGAAGAAGGUCCUUGGAGAGAAGACUGAGAAUCCGAAGAAGUUCAAGAUCAACUAUAUGGGGGCGAACGAGGCUAUGCUGCUUGAUACUGACUACGACAAUUUCCUGUUUCUCUGCCUAACGGAUACCACCACCCGCAUCCAGUGCUUGAUGUGCCAGUACCUGGCCAGAGUCCUGGUGGAGGACGACGAGAUCAUGAAGGGAUUCAUCAGGGCUUUCAGGCCCCUGCACAAGCGUCUAUGGUACUUGCUGGACUUGAGAAAGACGGAAGAGCCGUGCCAUUUCUAGCUCGCCUCCGCCUCCAGGAAGACCAGACCCCCACCCUUCCACACCUCCAGAGCAGUGGGAAUUCCUCCUGCCCUUUCAAAGAAUGUCCACACCUCAGAAGACAAUGGCGUGGUCAUCCGUGUCCCCAUCUCCUUCCUGCCGCACACCUGCACCGCGGGCGUGGGGGAGCUGCUCCCUGGGGGCAGUCUCUGGCAGAGAUUAUUAAUAAAUCCAUGCAGCAUGUUC